AUGCGACCAACAACACCCAAGCUGCAGUACCGCCUGGCAGCAACGCUCGCCGCAUGUAGCGCCGUCCUCUUCAGCGCGCCGGCAUUCGCGCACACAGAGGACAGUCUCACAGCGCCGGCGCCGGCUGGCCCCGACGGGAGCAAUGUGACGCUCGGCAGUGGAGGGGGAGGGCAGUUUCCGUUUGCGCUGGGGUCGUAUAAUGGGCUUGUGUUGGAGGAUUCUCCCGAUGAGGGGGCGGAUGCGUCGCUGGAUCCGAUCCGUCGGGCUCGGAGGGCUGUGUCGUCGGUGGGGAAUAAUCAGUACCAGGAAGAUGAUAUCAAGCCGGGGGAGACGCAGAAGUGGUACUUUCCUAGGGAUGCGAAGGAUAGGGAUGGGGAUGGGCCUAAGGGUGGGAAGGACAGGGAGGGCGGUGGUCCUAAGGGAGAUAAGGGUAGGGAGGGCGAUGGCCCCAGUGAUAGGGAGGGCGAUGCGCCCAAAGAAGAGAGACCGAGUCAUCGGAAACGCGCGAACACAGUCUACGUGUCUAUGACCAUCUGCUCGAAGCCGCGCCUCUCCAAGCGCGACACCGAUCACAACCCGCCCGCUCUGCCCCAGCUAGAGGUCUCGAUCCUAGGAUUGAACGGGACCGACAGCUGGGCCGUCUUCAAGUCCGAAGGCGGCUACAUGAGCGCCGUCGGAGACGCAACAGGCGACGUCCAGCUCAAAGUCACAGCGCCCGAAAGCAAAGACUACGAGGGGACCUACCACUACCAGAUCGCGGCGUCCGUCGACGCGCUCUUCCACACGGUCGGCGGUGACGAAUCGCUCUUCCAUGUCGACUCGGACACAACCACGGCGCUUCUCGCGACUGCCAGUCUCAACAAGACGGACUACCACCUGCCGGCUGGCAACGACAGUGACUGGCUACAUAAGCGACCCCCGUUUGUGAUGUUCGCCAAUAACGUCAAUGAUCCGUCCAUUGAGGGCAUGGAGCGCUCGUACUGCGCGCUUAACCUGCAUGCGCAGAUCAAAGGCAAGAAGAGCGUUGAAGCGAGCAUGACUAGGCGGCCGGGAGGUGAGAAAGUCCGAGAGCAGUUCUACGUUACCAAGCUUAACCGCAGCUCUGAGUACACUGGUAUCCUGGCCAUGGCGGGGAACUCGACGGACUCGGGGAAUGGCUAUAUCGGAGGAGGGGGGCGAGUGUGGCAGCCAGAGAAGUUCUCCACCAAACAUGACGACAACUGCGCCCUAAUCCACGACCUCCCCUUCUGCAAAGAAGUAGCCUACGCCGUCCCGACCAAUCCCCAAAAAUACAAGAACAAGCUCAACGACCUCAUAACCACCUACGACGACCACGCCCGCAGCCUCUACAAGAACUUCACCUACUCGCUCGCCCAAAUCCAAUGCAACGCCACCAACAACGAAACCAAAUGGUCCCUCUCCGUCAACUGCGACGACUGCGCCAACGCCUACAAGAACUGGCUCUGCGCGGUGACCAUCCCCCGCUGCGCCGACUUCUCCAACACGAACAACACCGCCCUGCACCCGCGCAACAUCCCCCGCCCCUUCCACAACGGCACCUCCCUGCCUUCCAGCGCAGUCAACGAAACAAUCCGCAACUUCCCCGCCGCGCGUGGCGCGCGUAACCCCUCGAUUGAUCGCAUCAUCAACCCCGGCCCGUACAAGGAAAUGCUCCCCUGUCGCGACAUCUGCUGGGAUCUCGUGCGCAGCUGUCCGUCAGCGCUGGAUUUCAGCUGUCCCGAGGAACCGGGGAUAUGGGCGAGUUACGGCGCUAAGGAUAAAUACGAGGAGGGGAGGUGUAAUUAUCCGGAGGCGCCGUUUAAGGAUAAGAAUGGGGGGGUUGCUUUGCGGGGUGGGUUUGGGUUGGGGUUGUUGGGGGGGUUUUGGCUGUUGGUUUGGUUCACAGUGUUUGAGUUGUUGUGA